CGAGAACGAGCUCGCGCGCUCAGGAGGCGGAGUUUCUCCAGUGUCUCGAUCCGCGAGUCGUGCGAUUGUGUCCAGUUUCUUUUAAACAUAAAACACGAGCCAACUGUAACACUGUGUGGGACCUAACGCCGAAGAAGGAAGAAAAGAAGUGUGCAGGUAUGUAAGUUGUCCAUUUUUAGCGAGGGAAGAUGUCCUCCUUUGAGAAAAAAGCUCCGAAGAAGAAGUUGUUUGGGGUCUGCAGUCUUCUGUGGUGGUCGAUCCUGCUCCAGCUAACGUCGGGAGCGUCUUUUUAUGGCGAUGGCUUUGUACAGCUGAAGGCAACAAAGUCGUCCGACCAUAACAGGCUUCAUGUUCGCUUCCGCACAUCCAGUACCAAUGGCUUGCUGUUCCUCGCCGCCGGCCAGGCCGUACACUUCCUGCUAGAGCUUCACGCUGGUCGCCUGCAGUUGAAACUGGACCUAGGAUCUGGGGAGCAAGUAUUGCAGUCGGAAAGAGGCACACAGCUCAAUGACCUUGCCUGGCACUCUGUGGACGUCACCCAUUGGAAGAGCAAUGUGACGAUGACAGUAGACAAGAACUCUCACACAAGUGCAGAAAUCCUUGGCGCUCAUUAUGUUCUCAACAUCUUGGAUGGUCUGUUUAUUGGAGGUUCGAUUGGCCUUGACAGACCUUACAUUCCAAGAGACGCCAUUGGCUUUCGAGGCUGCAUUGAAGAUGUUGUCUUCAAUGAACAUAACCUUUUGUCAUCGCUCAGGCCUUACACCGGAUUCAAGACUGUCCAUGAGGUGUCUUUAGGUUGUAAUCCUCAGUUUUUUGCUACUGAAGAGGAUCCAAUUAGCUUCUUUAGCUCCAGGGCCUACAUUUCUCUUCCACAGUGUAAUGGCCAGCAAGAAGCUGUUUUUGAAUGUGUUGUGCACACUUCGGCCAAAGAAGGCAUAAUCCUCUACAACUCUGCCAGAGAAGGGGACUUUGUGGCAUUGGAGAUUCAAGAAGGCUUACUUGCGGCUAUUAUUGAAAAAGGUGGUACCAAAACUGAGCUGUGUUCACAAACAUUUAUUAAUGACAGAAAGUGGCAUGCUGUCAAGGUGCGCUUCAGUUCUAAAAUGCUUGAACUAACUGUCGAUGGAGAAGUGGUAAAAAGCAGCACUGGCUCACGUUCCAAAGGGCUGCAGUUUAAAGGCUACAUUUUCAUUGGAGGCAUUGACGACAGCACAAGAUCAGAAGCCCGAAAGGUUGGGUUGUUAUCUGUGUCGGGAAAACAUAUGCGUGGGGGCUCGUUUAAAGGAUGUCUGAAGAAUAUUGAAAUGAAUGGAGUGAAGACGGGUCUUUCUAAUGCCGUUGUCACUAAGGAUAUUUCUGUUGGCUGUGAACCAGAGAAAGAACCAGUACCAUUAACCACUGUGAUUCCAACAAGUGCAUCGGAAUCCCUGUUUUUCUUGGUGACCCCAACGCCUUCAGUACACAUGUCAACACUUGCAAGGGGCUUGGACAGAAGGUAUGGCUCAAACUUUGUGCAGUUAAAAUCCCUUAUAGUUGAAGAAGGGGGCCGAGCAACUCUUGAAGCCAAACACAUCAAGGUACUCUUAGACUUCAAGACGCUUGGUAUUCGUCAGUCUCAGAUCAUGUUCCGAGUUCAGGAACAACCAAUGCAUGGUCAAAUAAGACUUGAUGUUGAUCAGGACCAACCACAAAAUUCGUUCAGCAUGUUGGACCUUUGGCAUGAACGAGUCAUGUAUAUCCAUGGAGGCUCUGAAGAUCCAGUUGAUUUUUUCAUGAUCUCCAUUUAUUCCAGCAGUCGGAAGGAAGUUCCAGAUUAUCUAAGGGGUAAUAAAUUAUACCGCUUCAACAUCACAGUAACACCCACCAAUGAUGCACCUGAAUUAAGUCUGCCAGAAGGAAAUCUUUUUGUCGUGUUGGAAAACUCAAAAAAACGUCUGACUACGGACAUACUGAAGGCCACAGACAUUGACAGCAACUACAGCAAUCUUGUAUUUACUGUGCUCGGGAACCUGAAUGCAGACGCCGGAUUUUUGGAAAUCGAAAACAACCCAAGAACAGCGGUGACCUCAUUCUCUCACUCAGACUUGCAACAAUCAAGAGUAUAUUAUGUCCACACAGGGGUUAGAAACUCGAGGAUAGUGCUUAGAGUCAGUGAUGGGGAGAAGGUUAGCAACACUGUAGUGUUAAGGGUAAUGGCUGUCACACUUGUUUAUAAGGUUGCCAACAACGGUCUUAAUAUCAUCCAAGGAGAGAGAGCCAUAAUUAGUUCAAAACAAUUGUCUGUGGAAACCAAUGCUGUGAAACAAGUGAUUGACAUCCGUUAUGACAUCACAGAACAACCACAGUAUGGAGAACUCCAGAGACUUCACUCAAGUGGAGAAUGGAGGCCCACAGACUCCUUUUCUCAAAGGCUUCUAGAAAAAGAGAGGCUAAGGUAUAUUAGCACAUUUCAGGAGAUCCAGACAUCCAAUGCCACUGAUUAUUUUAAAUGUAAGGUCCAUGUUGCCUCAAGGGCAGUGACAGAAAUACUUUUCCCAAUCACUGUGAAGUGGGUGAGGUACAGUUUGAUAAAAAAUGUAGUGAUGAACCUGGAUAAAGUCAGAAAGGUGACACUGGACUCAGAGUAUCUCUUUGCCACAGCUGAGGGUGUGACUCUAUCUGAGGAGGAUCUCUAUUUUAGGGUUCUCACCACACCAAAAAAAGGAAAACUUUUACUGGCCACCACAAUCAUGACAAAGAACUCAACAUUUAGUCAAAAAGAUGUCACAAAUUUCAAAGUCCAUUAUGAACUUGUUGACCGACCUCACAAAGACACGCAUGACAGGUUUAAAUUUCACAUGUUUUCCAGCCAUGCUCAGUCUCAGAACUAUGAUUUCCAGUUUUCAAUCAAAGCGGAUGUCAACAGUGUUUUUAUCAAGAAUGGUGGACUAGUUCUUCAGGAAGGAGAAAGUAAAUUGAUCACAAAAAAUGAACUGUUUGCGGAAACGUUGCUUACACAGGUUAUGUACUACACUUUGAUAAGCAGUCCAAAACAUGGAAAGCUUGUUCGCAUCAAUCGUUCAAAUUCAAAUUCUAGCUACAGCAACAUCUUAACCUUCAGUAAUCAUGAUAUCUUAGAGGACAGGAUAAUGUACAUCCACGACAACAGUGAAACAAGCCAGGAUGAGUUCACUUUUGUUGCCUCAACCACCCAAGUUUUUAAAUCUUUCAUUGCAGAGGAUGAAAAUGGGUCCAAAGAAGGAAUGUUCAACAUAACUAUUCAGCUUGUCAAUGAUCAAAAACCAGUACGUGUCAUUGAUAAAGUUUUCAAUGUAGUGAGAGACGGACAGAGGCUGCUCACUGCUGAAGAUUUGCGUUACCAUGAUCCAGAUUCAGAUUUUGAUGACAACCAGUUGAUUUACAUCCGCCGUGGAAUCCCCAUGGGAGAUUUAGUGCUGGUUAAUGACACGAGUCAUCAACUUUUUGAGUUUCGCCAAAAGGAUUUAGAAGAAAAGCAAGUCUUGUUCAUUCACAAAGGCGUAGGAGUAGGCAGGUUUGUGCUCUUUGUUUCUGAUGGUAAAAACUUUGUCACAAGUCUUUUAGACAUCAGUGCACAGGACCCUUUUCUGAAAGCUGACACUAACACUGGUUUAUUGGUGCAGAAAGGACAAUCAGUUACCUUUUCCCAAGCAAAUUUUAGUCUCCUUACAAAUCUGGACAUCAGAAAUGACCAAGACAUCAAAUUUAAGUUGAAUGCGACUCCAAAGUAUGGCACUCUUUAUCGAGAAGGAAUAGAGGUGGAGUCGUUCACAAAGUCUGACCUCAAGAAUGGGAUCAUCUCUUAUCAACAUGACGACAGCAAACAUCUGGCCGACCAUUUCAACUUGACAAUAAUGGCUAAACACAUGCAACUUGCUGCAAGGAUCAAUGUGAAGGUUUACCUGGAGAGUCAUCAGAGACCGCCUAUUGUGCAACAUCGCAACGUCUUACUGGUAGAGGAAGGAAAACCAGUCAAGAUUGAUGAUUCCAAACUAGAGGUCACACAUGAGGACAAUGUGCCAUCUGAGAUUGUAUUCACAGUCAAGGUGGGCCCCUAUCAUGGCUAUCUACGACGUUUUGUGGAAGAAGAAGGAGGUUACAUUGGAACCAAAGAGUCACCUAUCAAGACAUUUUCCCAAAAAGACAUUAACAGUGGGAACGUCCAGUACGUGCAGGUGGAGCCCAACACAGUCAACGACACCUUUGUCUUGGAUGCCACCAAUGGGGUCACGGACGUCGGCGAUAUUAGGAUGUCGGUUGACAUCAUACCUCGCCUCAUCCCACUCCAGGUCUCAAAUUUCAUUGUGGAUGAGGGCGGACACAAGGCCCUCACACAGGAAGUUCUUGAAGUCACCAGCCGACACUUUUCAGGAAUCAACUUCUUGUUCAAUGUUACUGAGCCCGCGCAGCACGGUCAUAUUGAGCACUCUCAGCACCCCGGUGUGCCCAUAACAUCUUUUACCAGGAGACAGGUGGAGCUCGAGUUGAUCUACUACGUACAUGACAGCAGCGAAACGUUAGCGGACAACUUCACUGUGGUGGCCAAUGACACAGGCCUCAGGAAGCAAAGCGGGGCACAGACGGUCUUCAUCCAAGUUGAAACUGUCAAUGACGAGCCCCCUGUUAUUACGGCCAACAGGGUCCUUAGGGUUUGGGUAUCCUCAGUGACAGAGAUCGGCCUGGAGAACUUAAGGGCGAUGGACCGAGACACUCCCUCCGAGGAGCUCCACUUCAUGGUGACGCCCCCUAGCAUUGGACACUUGACCGUGAAGAAUGCUCCCAUGAAAGCAGUGCUCAAUUUCACCCAGGCCCACAUAGACCAGGGACAGCUGCUGUUUGUGCACAACGGUGCCAUGUCUGGAGGGUUCAAUUUCCAGGUUAACGACGGUGUGAAUUUUUCUCCAAGACAGAUCUUCAGCAUCACCGCAACAGCAUUGGUUCUCAGUUUGCAGAGAAAUCGUCCUCUCAAGGUGUUUCCAGGCUCUUCAAGGGCAAUUUCCAGUAAUGAACUACAAGUAGUGACCAACGACGUCAGCGAUAUCUCUAACCGCACAAUUACAUUCAGUGUGACACGGCAUCCGAAGCUGGGACGCUUGGUAAGGAAGCAUCCUGAUAAUUCCACAGUUGACAUCUCCACGUUCACGCAGGACAUGCUGAAUCGGAAAGAAGUUUUGUACAUUCAAAACCCGAUUGAGUUAGUGGGUUGGGAAGCCAUAGAUUCACUGACAUUCUCUGUGGCAUCACCACCUUCGUCUCUGGAGAGUCAGACCUUCAAAAUUGAUAUCUCUUAUGAGAAUACAGGACCUGAACACAACACAGUUCUUUUGGCAAACACAGGUGGUAGAGUGACAGAAGGUAAGAGUGUCAUUAUUGACGAGUCGAAGCUUGAUGCCACGAACCUGAUGUCGAAGCUACCAACGCCACAGAGGAGCUCCCAUGAGGUCUGGUUCCAGCUGACAUCGCUGCCGCGACACGGGGUCAUUGUAGUGGGUGAACGAAACCUCACGAAAGAGAAGCCCAAUUUUUCCCAGUUCAUCGUCAACAAAUACGGCAUCACCUACAAGCAUGAUAACUCGGAGACAACAAAGGAUUCCUUUGUCUUCAGCGCAUGGGUAAACCCAAAGGGCAAAACAGCUCAACGGCCUUUAGAUGACAGCGAUGUUGUUGAGGAAUCGUUCAACAUUACGAUCGUGCCUGUGAAUGAUCAGCCUCCUGUGUUGAAGACUAAAGCGCCGAGUCUAACUGUAGUACAAGGAGAUACAGUAGCCAUCAAGCCGGAGAACCUGAAAGUAGAAGACUUGGACAAUCCACCUGAUGAUAUUGUCUUCUCGGUAAUUAGCGAGCCAAACAAUGGUUACCUUUCUCUUGAUGGACAACUGAAUGAGUCGAUUACAGCCUUCACCCAAGCCCAGAUCAAUAACGGAAGCGUUUAUUUCAUUCACGAUGGUAGCCCUACUUCCGGUGUGUUCUACUUUAGUGUCACAGAUGGCCACCAUAAACCCAUAUACAAACUCUUCAACCUAGAUGUGACAAAGAUCACUAUCUCGCUGGUCAAUCACACGGGACUAACACUUAAGCAGGGGAGCACCGCCGUUUGCCUUCUUCAAGACAAUCUCGCUGCCAAGACGAACGGGAGGAACACCACUAUUCACUACCAAAUUACAAGGCUGCCAAAGUUUGGCAAACUUCUCCUGGACAAUCUUGAGGUGUCACAGUUUGAACAGGAAGAUGUCCAGACUGGACGGCUCGCUUACCACAUGACCAAUCUUUCUUCUGCAGAAGACAGCUUUGAGUUCACCACCUUCACUUCUGAGGGGAAUCUGAGUGCACAGGUGCUAAACAUCACUGUCACACCUCUGAUCCAUGUUGGCAAAAGUGUGAGGGCACCCAGUGGGAUUGCCUUAAAACUUAACUCCACUACCCUUGAUGCUUCCAAAUUGGCUGAUAUUUGUAGUUGUGAUCCUGUAUUUGAAAUUAUCUCCCACCCAAAUUACGGAAAAGUGGUUCGACCGAAUACAAAAAAAAUUUUUAAAUUUGAAACCAUUGAGUCUUUCACUUUCCAGGAUAUCACACAAGAAAAGAUAGCCUUGGAGUUGAAUGCCAACAUGACUGGAUUUCAAGAAAUAAAUGACUCAAUGGCAUUUCUGCUAAAAGCUGAAAACAACCAACCUGCUAAAGGCGAGUUCCAUUUUACCAUUGUACCGUAUGAUCCUGUGGAUCUUCCAACCACAAAGAGUCCUGUGCUGACCACAUCAGCUCCCUCAAUGACAACAAUUCGGACUUCUAGAAAUGGACCAACUUCCCUAGAGUGGUCCACAGCUGUCAUUUACACCCAGCAACCAAGCAAAAACCAACAAAGAUUCAAAGGACGCAACCGCUGGGGGAAGUCCAACAGAACAAGCAUUUUCACAACAACUCUUGGCAAACCGACAACAGAAACGGAUCAUUUUCCCUUCAUGAACACACCCGUUCGCGUGGAGUCUUACCCACAGAAGAGCUCCAACCCUCUACUGGUGAUUUUACCACUGCUCGCUCUUCUGUUGCUUGUCAUGAUCUUUGUGGUGCUGGUUGUUUUUCUUCGACACCACCGGCGACGAAAGCAGAGAACCGGCACGCCAAAUGAGCCCCCCCUUGCUGGUCUUUUAACCACCCAUCCACACCUGGGCCAAACCCAGAGAAGCACCACCGUUCCCACAGUCACUGUCACCCCACUGAACCCCACCGACACAAGUAGCCCCGCACUCAGUCGGUUAUUGGUUCAGAACCAGCGGCCACUCAAUACCAACGCAGUUGAUUCCAACAUUCUCUUAAGCUCUUGGAAUAGUGCUUCUCGCAACACAUCCUUGCAAAUCAUACAGACUCCCACACUUCAGAGGAAUCAGUAUUGGGUUUAAGCCUAAACAGUUGCCACAAAGUGAGAAGCAUUAAACUGUCCAAAAAUGUCUUGCUAACAUGGAAGAAUUGAGAUUCAAUGGGAGUUGAUUUAUUAAACAGAUACUUUAUAAGCUAAGAAAUUAGUUUUUUAUGCAAGAAACCAGUGAAAUACUACAAUUUUGCUUAUUAGACACCACUCUUGGGUUUGGUCUGUCUGCUGCUGACAUCUCUUUUUACACAGUGGUACACAUUUACAGUACAUUCUGUGCUCCACCAUAGGGUGCUGUUGUUGCUACUGAACACUAAUGAUUGAUAAGGAAUACAAUCACUUCAACCAGAUAACGAUCGUCAUUAAGACAAGCAACCUAAUUUUAGUGCCUGACAUUAAUGGUUUUUAAACAUCGCGAUCUAGAUUGACAUAUUUUCUAAAUUAUAUUAUUUUUUUCCUCAAAUGUAUAUUUUUCAUUUACAACAUUUUAUUUUUAUGGUUGCAAGUGGGCCACCAUGAAAUUAUAUUUUAAGAAUAUAUUUUUAUAAGCCUGAUGACACUGGAUAAAAAUUUAGCACUGGUAAUAUCAUAGAGAACUUUUACAGCGUACUCGUUUUAGAUUUACCUUAAGCCUAAGUAAGGCCCCUUCUACACUAAAGUUAUCCAGGGUAUAUCCCACCUAACCUUGUCCUUGUCCACACACACAAUGCCACCGUUUAAGACCCCCUGCCCCUCUGUCAGCCGGCGCAAAGCGACUUGGUACGCAUGUCCGGGAAAAAAAUGCACAUGUCAGUCACCUCUGACCUGGAAGUGUACUCUUACCCUGUGUUUCAAUGUAGUCUAUUGCCACAUUUCUUUCAACAUUAAACCGUGUUUGCCUCACCAUCAGCAGCCGUUAAACUGGCCCUAUUGUAGAGAAUCACACCUGAGCUAUCAUACAUGAAUCAUAUCUUUAAUGGAUGUAUGAAGGUAAACAAUGGGAUAAAGAACAUUUUACAUCAAUUAAUCUAGGGAUUGAGAUAUCUGAUCAGAACACUGUGUUUGUAGGCUGAAAUUGGCGGUGGUACUUGACGGCCGCAACCACUUCAUGGCUUCACAAUAGUUAUGGAGUACAACAUUAGAUUUUGAUUAAUCGCUCGACAUACAUCGCGGACAAUAACUAAUAGUCUGCUUUGCAUUCGCUGUUUUCUGUAGUCUUCCCUCGUCCACGGGAGCCCACAUUCUCGUUGUUUUUAGCUAAGUACAAUCACAGCUGAGCUGGACAUUCAACAAUUUUCAUGCCGUUCCGCUGGCAUAUCCCACCAGUCUGCCGAACUUCCAAGCCUUAUCCAAAACCGUCGCUCAACAUUGCUAUGUUACGUCUGAGAUUUGUUGUAUCUGAAAUAGCUGCAAUCGCAUGUUAAGGUAUUCAUGUGAUUUCCACAAGUGUCUGUACAUGUGGAAGAAGGAGAAACACCGGCAUGUCUGGAUGACUCGCCUCCAUCUUUUCAGUUGUUACCUCUGAGUUACGAUACCGCUUGUUAUGAAGCUAGCUGCGGCGCGUUUUUGUGACGUCACUUCCUGUGCUGUGUUGAGUGCGGCCUUUCUGGUGUCACUUCCACUCCGAACUCAGUUUGUAAAUGAUCGAUGAGUACAUACAAAGCUAAGAACCAGAGAUUCAAAAAAUACACGGCGCACUUACCUGUGUAAGUAAGAAGUAAGUACAUUUUAUUUAUUAAGCGCUUUCCACAGAUAAAAUAACAAAGCACUGUAUAAAACAUAGGUGAAGUAAAACAACAAUUAAAUUAAAACAACAGGGGCAACAUCAUAAAAAGGAUACAAAGUGGGUUCAAAUUGAUGGUUAAAAAAUGCAUUAACUGAAAGUUUUACUGAAAAGAGAAGUUUUCAAAUGUUUCUUAAGCGUUUCAACACAGUCAACAUCACAGAGGGACUGGUGCAAAUUGUUCCAGAGUCUGGGAACUAUAGCCUGGAAUGCCAGGUCUCCACGGGUUUUAAAACAAGUUUUUGGGAUCUUUAGAAGACCCUGGCCAGAAUACCUGGAGGCUGCAUGCAUUAUGAAUAACAAGUCAGUGAGGUACUGAGGGGCCCCACCAUGCAAUGCACAGAAAGUCAGGACUGAAAUCUUAAACUCAAUGCGGAAUUUGACUGGAAGCCAAUGAAGACUGGAUAAAAUGGGGGUAAUAUGGGCUGUUCUGGGGUGCACCGGUCAAAAGUUUGGCAACCGCAUUUUGUACAGUCAGAGGUCUCUUUAGCGUUGAAAAAGACUGAAAAGAGAAUUGCAAUAGUCAAUACGAGACAAAAUGAACGCGAGAAUGAUCAUUUUGAGAUCCAAUUUUGACAACACAUUUCUCGCUUUAGAAAUAUUUCUGAGAAGAUAAAAACAGUUUUUGGUAAAUUGACCGCAGUGACCCUCUAAAGACCUUGACUGAUCAAAAACAACCCCAAAGUUUCUGAAGCUGCUUUUAACAGAUUCACCCAGAGCUACAAGGAAUUUCUUGAUCAGGGGGAUCUUUUUAUCGGGAGCAAUUGUCAGAAUUUCCGUUUUAUUAGAAUUUAUAUGGAGGAAAUAUGAAAAAAUUAGUAAAAAAAUAUCCAAGAAGGGGAACCUUAAAUGUUGGGUUAGUGUGGCUGACACGGGGCUUAGGCUAAAUAAUUAUUCGUUCAAGGAGUUAUCCGGAUUAAUGUAGGCAGGGCCUUAUUCUUAAGGGAGUUUGUCAUCAACAUGAGUGUUUGUCGUCUUUUUGAGCAGAGAUGAUUAUUUUACACAAAUUAUUAAAGGGUGAGCUAGUAUUUAUAACUUGGGUUGUUUGAAUAUCAUGGAAAAGCUGCUGUCAAUGGAAGACUGAAACUGCUGUUAAAGACAACCACUGCUUGAUAUUUUUGGUACUGAACUGAUUUAGAUCCUUUAUCUAAUGUAUUCUAGUUCUAAUGUAACCCAUAAUAUUUCAAAUGGCAUAUAUUAUUUCCACCAUAUUUUUAUUAAACCAGUUGAAAAUGUAUGCAAGGUUUAUGGAAUCACAUUCCUUCCAUUGUAGUAACUAAGUAAAUAUUUUGCUCGGCUUUACCAUAGUUGACUAUUUUUGGCACAAAUAAAACGCGUAUUAUUAUG